AUCUCAUUGGACAUCGGUUACCAAAUUUCUUCUCUUCAUUUAUUUGCUCUCUUAUAAUAACAACCCAUCUGUCUCAAAUUUAUAUGAAGUUCGCUUGAGAGAGAUCGAAAUUCCUCUCUCACACACAACACACGAGAUAAUCAUCGAUUACCAAAUCUGUGAGUUCACAGAGAUUUUAAUUUUAAACCAUUAGAUUCAGAAAGCAGAUUGAACGAUCCACCAGGAUUUAAUCGGAGAAUGGGAACUCCGAUAAGAGCCUUGGCCGGCGCCGACGAAGCUCCGUACCAUCUCCUCCGCAGCUCCGAUGAUUCGCGCCUCAAUCAGCUGGGCUACAAGCAGGAGCUCCGCCGCAGCCUCUCGUUUGUUGCCAAUUUUUCUGUGACUUUCUCGAUCAUCUCAAUCCUGACGGGCAUAACUACAUUAUACAGUCAGGGCCUGGCUUUUGGUGGGCCGGUAACUAUGAUUUAUGGGUGGCCAGUUGUGGGCCUAAUGACUAUCAUAGUGGGCCUGUCUCUGUCAGAGAUCUGCUCAGCUUAUCCAGUUUCAGGUGGGCUGUAUUUUUGGAGCGCAAAGCUUGGUGGUGAUUAUUGGGGUCCUUUCACAUCGUGGCUCACUGGCUGGUUUAAUAUUGUUGGCCAGUGGGCAGUCACGACAAGUGUCGAUUUUUCAUUGGCACAGUUGAUUCAAGUGAUAAUCCUCCUCAGCACAGGUGGGAACAAUGGAGGAGGAUAUAUGGCAUCUAAGUACAUUGUUAUUGCAAUUCAUGCCGGUAUUUUGCUCUUGCAUGCUGCCCUUAACAGCCUUCCUAUAUCUUGGUUAUCGUUUUUCGGACAAUUUGCAGCUGCAUGGAAUGUUUUAGGUGUUUUUGUUCUUAUGAUACUCAUUCCAUCGGUCGCAACUAAAAAUGCAAGUGCUGAGUAUGUUUUCACCCAUUUUAACACUGACAAUGGAAGAGGAGUCAACAGUAGAUUUUACAUAUUCAUUCUUGGACUUUUGAUGAGUCAGUAUACCCUAUCAGGGUAUGAUGCAUCUGCACACAUGACAGAGGAGACUAAGAACGCGGAUGAAAAUGGGCCAAAGGGAAUAAUAAGCUCCAUUGGCAUAUCUAUAAUUGUGGGUUGGGGUUAUAUACUUGGAAUAACCUUUGCAGUGACCGAUAUUCCGAGCCUUUUGAACCCGGAAAACGAGGCAGGUGGCUAUGCCAUUGCCGAGAUAUUUUACCAAGUUUUCAAGAGUAGAUAUGGAAAUGGUGCUGGUGGAAUAGUUUGCCUUUGUAUAGUUGCAGUUGCUAUAUUCUUCUGUGGCAUGAGUUCGAUCACUAGCAACUCUAGGAUGGCGUAUGCAUUCUCAAGAGAUGGUGCCAUGCCAUUUUCGGAGUUUUGGCAUAAGGUGAACAAGCAAGAAGUCCCCAUAAAUGCUGUUUGGAUGUCGGCAUUGAUAGCGUUCUGUAUGGCACUUACGUCGCUCGGGAGCUUAGUCGCAUUCCAAGCCAUGGUAUCAAUUGCCACAAUUGGCCUCUACAUAGCUUAUGCCUUACCAAUCUUUUUCCGAGUGACCUUAGCUCGAAAAUCUUUUAAUCCCGGGCCUUUCAACUUGGGGAAAUACGGAGUUCUCAUCGGUUGGAUUGCCGUUAUAUGGGUGGCAACAAUUUCUAUCCUUUUCUCGUUGCCCGUUGAGUAUCCCGUUACGCCCGAAACGUUAAACUACACACCAGUUGCUGUUGGGGGACUUCUCAUUCUUACAGUGUCUUCUUGGGUUUUCAGUGCACGCCACUGGUUUAAAGGACCUAUCACGAAUAUAAGUAGCUAAAAUAUUAGUUUUUAUUUAUUAUUGUGCAUUGUGUUUGUCCUUCUUGGACUUUAUGGAAAUGUGUUGUGAUAGAAAUGUGGGUUGAAUUCUAGUGGUUAGUGGUGGUAUGUUUUAUUUUUGGGGCUAAUUGCAAUUUGGGUCCCCAUUAUCAUAUGUUAGCAAUGAACAUAUGAAUUUUUCAAUUUAUUGCUGAUGUAAGGCGAAAAAAUAAAUAAAUAAAUAAAUA